GUCAGUUAUUAACGAGCGCUACUCCCAACAGCAACAUCGCUCAGCGGCAGCAGCAGCAACAGCAGCAACAGCAACAGCAACAGCAACAGCAACAACAGCAGCAACACAAGUCACUCAAAAGCGGAAGAGAGACAGGGAUAUACAGCAGUUCACUCGCCUCGUUUCACUUACGAUUACGAUUCUCAAGCGUUUGAGUCGGAGAGCGGCGAACGGCCAACGAAUUCAGUUUGUGUCGAGACGUUGUCGGUGGCACGUCGCAUCCAAAAGAACGCUCAGCUGUGCAGCUGUGAAUUAGAUACUGAGAAAAGAUACACACACGUUAGAUACAAGUGCGAAGCAGCCAAAGUGAAUCGUGCAGUUCGCGCAAACUAAACUAAACAAUUUGAAGCCAAAUAAACUAACUACAAAACGGCCAACAAAGACAGUCGAAGAAUGUCUUCCACAUCGGCCUCGCCCAUCAGCAACAUAACCGUGGAUGACGAGCUCAACUUAAGCAGAGAACAAGACUUUGCUGAGGAGGAUUUCAUAGUGAUCAAGGAGGAGCGCGAGACGAGUCUCUCCCCCAUGCUGACGCCCCCGCACACGCCCACCGAGGAGCCGCUGCGGAGAGUGCAUCCGGCGAUAAGCGAGGAGGCGGUGGCCACCCAGCUGCACAUGCGACACAUGGCCCACUACCAGCAGCAGCAGCAGCAGCAACAGCAACAGCAGCAGCAGCAUCGCCUUUGGCUGCAGAUGCAGCAGCAGCAACAUCAGGCACCACAGCAGUAUCCAGUUUAUCCCGGUGCCAGCGCCGAUCCCGUGGCCGUGCACCAGCAGUUGAUGAACCACUGGAUCCGCAACGCAGCCAUCUACCAGCAGCAGCAACAGCAACAGCAGCAGCAGCAACAUCCGCACCACCAUCACCACCACGGCCAUCCGCACCACCCGCACCCACAUCCGCAUCAUGUGCGUCCCUAUCCCGCUGCCCUCCAUGGUCUGCAUGCCGCGGUGGUGGGUCGUCACUUUGGAGCCAUGCCCACCCUGAAGCUGGGUGGUGCUGGUGGAGCAAGUGGUCUGGCCAGCGGUGCCACUGGCAGCAGUCGCCCAAAGAAGCAGUUCAUCUGCAAGUACUGCAACCGGCAGUUCACCAAAUCCUACAAUCUGCUCAUCCACGAGAGGACACACACGGACGAGAGGCCCUACUCCUGCGACAUCUGCGGCAAGGCCUUCAGGAGGCAGGAUCAUCUGAGGGAUCACCGCUACAUCCACUCCAAGGACAAGCCCUUCAAGUGCAGCGAUUGCGGCAAGGGCUUCUGCCAGUCGCGCACCCUGGCCGUGCACAAGGUGACCCACCUGGAGGAGGGUCCACACAAGUGCCCCAUCUGCCAGAGGAGCUUCAACCAGCGGGCCAAUCUGAAGAGUCACCUGCAGAGCCACAGCGAGCAGAGCACCAAGGAGGUGGUGGUGGUGACAUCCUCGCCAGUCACCUCGCAUUCCGUGCCAAACCAGGCAUUGAGUUCACCUCAACCUGAGAAUUUGGCACAGCAUCUGCCCGUCCUGGAUCUAUCCUCGUCAUCCUCGAGCUCCGAGAAGCCCAAGCGGACGCUGGGCUUCACCAUCGAUGAGAUCAUGAGCAGAUAGAUUGAAGGAACAGCGAAACCCGGUAUCCGGUUUCUUUUGAGACAUUCUAGAAGAGAUUCAGAGAGCUGGACGGCCGCCAGGCAUGGGAAAUGCCUGGAAUGGAAAACCAAACCGAGUCCAGCCCCCGCAUUCUGGCCAAAGGUGCAUGUGGAAAAUCCUCGCCAGCAACUCGCAAUCGCCAUCGCAAUCGCAACCCAGUGAGCAGAAGAGCAGAAGAGUCAUCCUCCGUGCAAUCGGUUCUAUGUAGCAGAACCCAAAUUGCAUUAAACCAAUGCCAAAGUCAAAUAGCAGAGGAAAACUGAUGAAAAAUCCAAUGAAAAGUAUUGCUAGCACAAGCCUCCUACAAAACAAUUCCAAAAUACACACACACACACACAACUGUAAACUAUAAACAUAAAUAAAUAGCACUUAAUUUAAUAUGUAAUCUAACUAUAUAUAUAUUAUUGUACCUUAUAGUCGUAGUAGCCCAUUCAGUUCGUAGUGCUUAUGGAGUAAACCAAAUGUUAUGUUACAAUAGUUCAAUAGUUCAAUCACACAAACACCUCAAACCCGCUUUGGUUAUUGAAAGACUGUUUUAAUUAUUAUAUUUAAAUAGUACUUGAAUAAAUCAAUCGAUCGAUUGUGUAAUGUUAAAACAAGACGAGUGUCAUGAUUACUUACUGUUUAGACUUAACAACUUAAUUGUCGCUAUAGCAAUUGUGACCAAGCACAAAGAUACAACGAUCUCAUUAUCGUCUAUAUGUACAUGCUUCAAACAUUCGUAUUGAUAUGAAGUUAUCACAAAAAUGAAACACUUAAAUAUAAAGGCAAAGUAAUUUUCAACUGAAA